AAUUUAGACAAAAAGCACUGGAAGAAGAAGAAAAAUCGAAACAAUUGACAGCGCCACUGAGCAGAAAAUCGCGACAAAAAUUUAGUUAUUUCUUACAAUUAGCUACAAUUCCGUCAUAAAAAACAUUUCCAAGAAGACAAAAUCGAAUUGGCAAACGCGCUAACUGAAAAUUGUGUAAAAACAGCUUAAAACUGGAGCAGCAGAAAAAGCGAAAAAAAGUUGAAGAAGCAGCUCUUAAAAGCAGAAAAGAAAAAAUUGCGAAGGCGACGAGUAGGAAAAAGUUUCGUUUUCCCUUUUGCGUUGCUCUUGCCGUUGCGUUUUCCGCCAGCCGAAAAGAAAUUAUCAUUUGCAAGUGUUUGGAAAUAAACGCAUUGCAAACAAUAUUAAGUUAGCCCACAACGUGCUUAUUUUUUAGCCCUAGUAUAGUGUGAAACACUUAUUAACGGUACUGGAUUUUCACUUGUGUUAUUGGAACGCCAAUCGGAAGAAGGAGAGAACGACGGUAUUCACUCGUUUCAUAUACUGCUGCCAAUCAAUCUGUCAAAGCCUCCAUCCCUUUUAAAGCAUCGUACGUGAAGUGAUACAUUCGUUCAUACAUUCAUAAUUAUUAAUCUUCUUAUGGGUACGAUUAGCAAACUGCAUUAAUUGCAGUACUACCGUUGUGGGAUCGCUGUAAUAGCAUCGCAAAUAGUAACUUCAUUUUCAACAUCUUAUGCGGUCAAUUUCAUUCCAAAAGCUCCAGCGAAUACAACAUUAAAACUGUGGCUAAGAGGUUACAACAAAGUCGGCUUAACCAGUUGUUAAUCACAUGCGACUUACUCGAAGAUAAUAAUUUAAAAGGAAACAAUCAUAACAUACUUCACAUUACUGUGUGUUUCAACUGGGAAGUUUAUCAGUAGCUUAACAUAAUUUGGGUUCUAUUGGACUAUGUCUGAGCAUUUGCAUCGUCGAAUACAAACACACACAUAGCCAUGGCUGCGACGAGAAAGUUGCAAGGUGAAAUAGACAGAUGUCUGAAAAAAGUUGCAGAAGGGGUGGAAACAUUCGAGGAUAUAUGGAAAAAAGUGCAUAAUGCUACAAACAGUAAUCAGAAGUAUGAAGCAGAUCUUAAAAAAGAAAUCAAGAAGUUGCAAAGGCUUCGAGAUCAAAUUAAAUCAUGGAUUGCAUCUGGGGAGAUUAAAGAUAAAAGCCAGCUGCUGGAGAAUAGGCGUCUCAUUGAAACGCAAAUGGAACGUUUCAAAAUUGUAGAACGUGAAACAAAAACGAAAGCGUAUUCAAAAGAGGGACUUGGCGCUGCACAAAAAACAGAUCCAGCGCAACGUAAGAAAGAUGAGGCGCGCAACUGGUUAACAUCGUCUAUUAGUUCAUUGCAAUUGCAAAUAGACCAAUACGAAAGUGAGAUUGAAUCUUUAUUGGCGGCAAAAAAGAAGCGCCUCGACCGCGACAAACAAGAUCGAAUGGAUGAGUUUCGCGCCAAAUUGGAUCGUAAUAAAUUCCAUGUUAUGAAACUGGAAACAGUGUUAAGAUUACUGGAUAAUGACGGUGUUGAAGCAGAACAAGUAAACAAAAUUAAGGAUGAUGUUGAAUAUUACAUUGAAUCCUCACAAGAGCCGAAUUUCGAAGAGAAUGAGUUUCUUUAUGAUGACAUUAUUGGCUUGGAUGAUGUGGAGUUAUCUGGCACAGGUGUUUCACUUGGUAUUCCAUCAUCAGCCACUACCGACAGCAAUAACAGCAACGAGACCAGCGGUUCGCCUAGCAGUAUAACAUCGGGUGGCAGUCCUGUGCAAUCGCCAGCGCCAGCAACGGGUACACAACAACAGCAGCAGCAGGUGCAACAACAGUCUGUGGCAACGGCGGCGGCGGCAGCGACAACGACUUUGACGUCUUCAAUAAAUACGACGGCAGCGGCGGUGACAACGGCGCAGCAACAACAACAGCAGCAAAGUAAUAACAGCAACAGCAUGAAUUACGCAGCGGAAGCGGCCGCGGCGGCGGCAGCAGCCACAGCAACGGCGAACAAUAAUACAGAUGCGACAGCCAGCGAUAAAAGGAACAAAAACGAGAGUAAUUCUAGUAGCAAAACAAAACAACCUGUUAAACCAACGGCAGUGCGUGCAGCUAAUAGCACCGGUAAAUCUUCUAGCGGUACAACAUCAGAAACGUCUUCAAAUAAAGCAGUUAGUUCGACGCCCAAUAAGAAUCAUAACCAACAACAACAGCAACAGCCUACAGCAGCGGCAAUUGUCGCAGCAUCUAUGGGUGGUCAAGCGGUGCCGACGUCGGUAACCAGCACAGCAAAUAGCAUAGUUGGCGGUGCGCCUACAUUGGCCGCCACCGUUGCCGCCAUGGCUGCCGGUCAUAGUCCUGCGCUGCAACAACAUGCGCCAGCGCCCAGUUUGAAUGCGACAAAUGCAACGGCAACGGUUGGUGGUGGUGCGACAACGGUUGCAGCCGCAGCGGUGGCUAAUAAUGGUAGUAGCAACAGUAACAACAACAUUCAAGGCCAAUCUGUGAUUCAAGCGACGCCAACAAUUGCAUUUGCGGCCGUAGCGAAAAACAACACAUCACAUCUUGAGAACGGACCUGUGCAUCCGGCGACAUCUUACGCGAUGACGGCUCCCACGGUAGCAACCAAUUCGCAGCAUCAGCAACAACAACAAUUAUCCAAUCUUCAAACGAAUUCCUCACAUUUACAAAACGCGCAUAAUAACACUUCCAAUAACAACGCAUCAAAUAGUUUAGCGAACGCUGUGCAACAAGGAAGCGCAGCCGUUGCCGCAGCCGCUGCCGGCGUUGUGGUGAAUAAUGUUGGCAGUAAUAAUUUGGUGAACUGCAUUUCUCCAAACGGUAUGUCGCAAGUAAUAGGAGCACAGCAACAGCAACAACAACAACAGCAAGUUAUUGGUGUAACAAAUAAUGGCUCGCGAGUUUCGCCGGGUCUGCUGUCGCCGAAGCAUAUGAAUGGCAUGCCUGUGUCAGCACCCAACAUUAAUAACAAUAAUAAUAACAACAACAACAAUAAUUCGAUGGAUGCGAUUUCAUUGAAGACAAUGGCUCAGGAAGCUAUUAAUCGGUCGGUAAUCGAUACCAAUUCAUUGACGCAAGGGCCCGGACAACAGAUUGACAAUAGGCAGCAGCAACAACAACAGCAAGCGCCACAAUCACAACAGGUCUUACAGCAUUUCUCAACCGAUACAACUGCCAACCAACAACAGCAACAACAACAAUCCGGCGGUUUAGCAGCAGCAGCAGUAGCCUUUGCAGCAGCAGCGGCAGCAACAAAUGGACCAGCAACAGCGGGUGCGGGUCCAGUCGGUAGUGCAGUUCAAAGUGGUUUAGGCGGUAUGACGAAUGCAGCGGUCGGUCAACCGGGCUCUGGUAAUAGCGGUGUUAAUUCAUCAGUUGGUAGCAAGCCACUUCAACAGCAACAACAACAACAGCAGCCCACAAAUGAAGCGCAUAUAACGCCGCUACUUGGCGUAGCACCGCUGGGCACAUUACCGCUACAUAAAGAUCAUCAAUUACAAUUCAAAAUGAUGGAAGCCGCUUACUAUCACCUCCCGACACCAGCCGACUCGGAGAGAUUGAAUAUAUAUCUGCCGCGAACGCCAGUGCCGACACCACUGCAUUAUCCUCAGCAACAGCUUCCACUCUACGAUACCGUUGAAUUUUAUCAACGACUCUCAACCGAAACGCUCUUCUUUGUUUUCUAUUAUAUGGAAGGUUCGAAGGCGCAAUAUUUAGCAGCGAAAGCAUUGAAAAAGCAAAGCUGGCGAUUUCACACAAAGUACAUGAUGUGGUUCCAAAGGCAUGAGGAACCAAAAAUUAUUAACGAUGAUUACGAACAGGGUACGUACAUCUAUUUUGAUUACGAGAAAUGGAGUCAACGCAAAAAGGAGGGAUUCACUUUUGAAUACAAGUACUUAGAAGACAAGGAGUUGAAUUGA